CGCCAAUAGCGCACGCAGAGCGGCGCAUGCGUGCUCGCUGCGCGUCUAUUAAUAAGAUGGCGUCCAAAAUGUUCGGCGGUCUCUGUUGAUGUUCCUACAAGUCCAAGUGACGAUGGCCACCAAGCCCGUAGAGUGGGUUUCGUCGCUCAUCACGCGUUUCGAAGAACAGCUCCCAUGCCGGAGUGGGCCUCAGACGACUCACUCCCGCAUCAACGUCGAGCAGAACAAGGAAUGCCUCAUCAACAUCAGCAAGCACAAGUUCUCCCUGGUCAUCUCGGGACUCACCAAGAUUCUCCACUCAGUCAAUGAUGUGUUUGUCUACCAGAGGUCGCACAGUCCAAUCCAGCCAGAGUUCGAGAAGAACUUCUAUGAGUCACAGCUCAUUGUGCUGGACACACUCGAGAAAUGCCUCAGCAGGAUCUCUGCAACUCCACUUCCACAGCAACCCAAGGAGACAACGCGGUAUGACGAGACCAUGAACGUCAAGGCACUGCUCCGCGAGCUCUGCCAGUUCAUAGACAUGCCAGACAGCCCCAUGGUGGUGCCACUCAAGAACUUGGCCUCCAAAGUUCUCUUUGCCCUCAGCCUCAACAACUUCAACGCCGUCUUCAACCGCAUCUCUGGCAGGCUUCAUGAGCUGUCCAACGCCAACGAGGAGACCACAGACUUCAGUGACAUUGAGCUCAUCCAGCACAUCAAUGUCGAUGUGACCAGGCUAAUCAAGCUACUCAAUGAGAUCUACUCUAAGUUCCGGUCACUGCGCAAGAACGCCCAUCUCUGCCUCAUGAGCAACUUAGAAAAGGCAAUCUGGAAUUGGAUGGACACCUAUCCGCACGAGUUUAUGGAGCUACAGAACAAGCCCAACGAUGAGCUGGCAGAUGCGUGCGACCGCAUGUUUGAUGUGCUGGACAGCUUUGCAGAGAACAACAAGCGGCGAGCCCAGGCCUGGCCCCUGCAGAUCAUGCUGCUGGUCCUGUGCCCUAUUAUCCUGGAAGAAAUAGUGAAUGCUGACUCUGGGGCUCCCUGUUCGCCACGCCAUCUAAAGAAGAGGCAGUUCAUUGACAAUGUCAAGAAAGCCCUGGUGCCACAUGGCACCAGCAAGCAGCUGACAGAAGCUGCAGCCGUGACAUGUGUCAAGCUCUGCAAAGCGUCCACUUACAUCAACAUCCUGGACAGCAACAACGUUGUCUUUGCCCUCGUCCAAGUGGUCAUCAAUGACCUCAAGCUGCUGCUGUUCAACCCGGCCAAGCCGUUUGUCCGCAGCCAGGCCACGGUGGCCCAGGACGUGGAGCUCAUGACCGACUGUUUCGUCUCCUGCUUCCGCAUCAACCCGCACAACAACGAGGCGCUCAAGGUGUGCCUGCACGCCGGCGGCCCCACCUGGACGUACCAGCACGUGCUGCUGGGCUCCCUCCUGCGCGUGGUGAGCCAGCCGCGGCUGGCCUGGUGGCCCCAGGUGGACCUGCUCUACUCCAAGGCCCCCGAGCUGCGGCACAUGUUCACCGACACCCUGAACCGCGUCACCCAAGGGUUCGUCUCGCACGGCGGGAGCUCCUCGGGGGGACCUGCCAAGAUGAUCCCCAGCCUGACGCUGAAGGAGAAAGUGAGCACUCUCAAAUUCAAGGAGAAGACCGAGGAGCAGCUCUCCUACAAGAACCUGCUGCUGCUCAUGGUGCGGCUCAUCCAUGCCGACCCCAUGCUCAUGCUCAACAGCCAGGGCAAGGCUGGCCACGAGGUGCAGAGCAGCACGCUGGAGCUGAUCAACGGUCUGGUGUCGCUGGUGCACCAGCCGCCCAGCAUGCAGGACCUGGCGCAGGAGGCCAUGGAGGCCCUGCGAGUGCUGCACCUGCCCGAGCACAUCGAGCGGUGGAACCCCGAGGCACCCAUCAACACCUGCUGGGACCUCUCCUCACAGGCGCUGUUCUCCAUCUCACAGAAGCUGAUCCAGCACCAGAUCAUCGGCUACACAGAUGUGCUGCGGUGGCUGCGCGAGGUGCUGCGGUGCCGCAACGCCUUCCUGGCACGGCACCGCGAGUAUGCCAACCUGGGCUCCCACGUGGCCAUCUGCAAGCAGGCACACAUCAAGCUAGAGGUCGUCUUCUUCAUGUACCUCUGGAGCGUUGACAUUGACGCCGUCCUCGUCGCCAUGUCCUGCUUUGCCCUGCUUUGCGAGGAGGCCGACAUACGGUGUGGACAGGACGACCUGACCGUCACCUACCUGUUGCCAAACUACCACGUCUAUCAAGAGCUGGCCACCGCCAGCACUGUGCUCACCACUGGUCGGGCAGUGCUGCAGAAGCGGAUCAUGGCCUUGCUCAGGAAGAUCGAGCACUGCACCCAGGGAUGCUCCCUGGCAUGGGAAGACACAUUCAUGAACUGGGAUGCAGUGACCAAGCUACUAGUAAGCUACCCCAAGUCCAAGUUGGAGGAAGGCCAGAUGAUCUGUGAGUCGCUGCACCGCACCAUCGGCAAGCGGCGUGCCUCCCACCAGAGCACCGAGCACGAGCUUGAGGACCAGCUCAACGAGUGGGCCAACAUGACGGGCUUCCUGUGUGCCCUCGGGGGCGUGUGCCUGCAGCGCAGGUCACCGUCCUCGUCCUCUCGGGCUCUGGUGCCCUCUUGCCGGUCGUCCCUCUACGGCGGUGGGGGAGGGGGAACCGGUACCCUCACUUCCCUGGACGCCCGCACCAAGGGAGGAGGUGCUACGGCUGGGGUGGCCGGAGGAGGUGGCGGAGGAAUGCUCACGCCAGGACAGGACAUCCAGUUCUGCCCCGUCACACAGUUUGUGGGUCAGCUGUUGCGUCUGCUGGUGUGCCACAACGAGAAGUUUGGCACCCAGAUCCAGAAGCACGUCAAGGACCUGGUGGCCCACGAGAUGAGCCCGACCCUGUACCCGAUCCUCUUCGACCAGAUCAAGGCCAUCGUCGAGAAGUUCUUCGACCCCCAGGGGCAGGAGGGCGAGGGACAGUCAUUGAAGCUGGACGUGCACGCCGGUCCGCGGCCCAAUCGGUCGCGUGACUGCAGGGCCACGCGCGGUCCAAAGGCGGGCAGCAUUCACGCAACCGACCAAAAGAGUGGGACCAACCGACAGACUACCGAUUUCUGCCUCGGCAUGAAAAUGGUGACCGUGAUUGACACCAACACACAGUUCAUUGAGCAUGUCAUCUUCAUCAUGAAGAGCGUGUUUGAAAAUCGGGUGGACCACACCACGGAGCACCUGGGUGUCACCAGCAUUGAGGCCAUGAUGCUCACCAUUGUCAGGUACGUGCGACACCUGGACACAACAGUGCACGCGCUGCACAUUAAGACCAAGCUGUGCCAGCUGGUGGAGGCUACCAUGGCCCGGCGGGAUGACCUGGCCUUCCGACAGGAGAUGAAGUUUCGGAACAAGCUGGUCGAGUACCUCACGGACUGGGUGAUGGGCAACAGUCACCAGAUGGCACCUCCAGGCUGCGGGGAUGUGACAGCCAUCACCCGUGACCUGGACCAGGCAUGCAUGCAGGCAGUAGCUGCACUCUUGCUGGGCCUGCCCCUGCAGCCAGAGGAAAGCGACCGUGGCGACCUCAUGGAAGCCAAAUCACAGCUCUUCCUCAAGUACUUCUCGCUGUUCAUGAACCUGCUCAACGAGUGCAGCGAAGCGGCACCCGACGAGAAGGACGUUGGCCGCCACCGGCUCCAGUCGUCCAAGUUGGGCGAACUGCGCACCUGCACCAUCCAGGCCAUGUCCAACCUGCUCAGUGCCAACAUCGACUCUGGCCUGAUGCACUCGAUUGGCCUGGGCUACCACAAGGACUUGCAGACACGAGCAGCCUUCAUGGAGGUGCUCACCAAGAUCCUGCAACAGGGCACCGAGUUCGACAUGCUGGCCGAGACAGUGCUGGCUGACCGAUUUGAGCAGCUUGUCCAGCUGGUCACCAUGAUUGGCGACAAGGGCGAGCUGCCAAUCGCUAUGGCCCUGGCUAGCGUUGUCAUCACCCCGCAGAUGGAUGAGUUGGCACGCGUGUUUGUGACCCUGUUCGACGCCAAGCACUUGCUGUCUCCGCUGCUGUGGAACAUGUUUUACAAAGAGGUGGAGCUGUCGGACUGCAUGCAGACGCUGUUCCGGGGCAACAGCCUGGGCAGCAAGAUCAUGGCCUUCUGCUUCAAGAUCUACGGGGCCUCGUACCUGCACAGCCUGCUCGAGCCCCUGGUGCAGCCUCUGCUGCUGGCCGACGGACCCAGCUACGAGGUGGACCCCGCGCGGGUUGACGAGCACGAGGACGUCGAGGAGAACCGGCGCUCCCUGCUCCAGCUCACCCAGAAGGUCUUCAACGCCGUCAUCUGCUCCUCGGACCGGUUUCCGCCCCAGCUGCGCAGCAUGUGCCACUGCCUGUACCAGGUACUCAACAAGCGCUUCCCCAACUUCCCACACAACAUCAGCGCGGUGGGCACCGUCAUCUUCCUGCGCUUCAUCAACCCGGCCAUUGUGUCCCCGUACGAGAUGGGCAUAGUGGACCGGCAGCCAUCGUCACGCGUCAAGAGGGGCCUGAUGCUCAUGUCCAAGAUCCUGCAGAACAUUGCCAACCACGUGGAGUUUAGCAAGGAGCAGCACAUGCUGCCCUUCAACGACUUCCUGCGUGCCAACUUUGAAGCCGGUCGCAGUGCUUACCAGGGCACAUGCCGCUGCUGCAGAUGGGUGAUGCAGAUCACGUCGGACUGCGAGUCGGUGGAGCCCGGCAGCCACAGCAUGUCGUUUGUGAGCGACGCCAACGUGCACGCCCUGCACCGGCUGUUGUGGAACCACCAGGAGAAGAUCGGGGACUACCUGUCGAGCUCGCGGGACCACAAGGCGGUCGGGAGGCGCCCCUUCGACAAGAUGGCCACCCUGCUGGCCUACCUGGGGCCGCCCGAGCACAAGCCCAUGGACUCGCAGUGGAGCAGUAUGGACAUGACGAGCACCAAGUUCGAGGAGAUCAUGUCCAAGCACAACAUGCACGAGAAGGACGAGUUCAAGUCCAUCAAGUCGCUCAACAUCUUCUACCAGGCGGGCACGUCACGUGCUGGAAAUCCGGUCUUCUACUACAUUGCCCGCAGAUACAAAAUUGGGGAGACCAAUGGCGACCUGCUCAUCUACCAUGUUAUCCUCACUCUGAAACCCUUCUGCCACAAACCGUUCGAGCUCAUUGUUGACUUCACGCACACCUGUGCUGACAACCGAUUCAGGACGGAGUUCCUACAGAAAUGGUUUGUGGUGUUGCCGGAGGUGGCGUACGAGAAAGUUCAGGCUGCUUACGUGUACAACUGCAAUUCGUGGGUGCGGGAGUACACCAAGUACCAUGACCGCAUCCUGGCACCGCUCAAGGGCAACCGCAAGCUGGUGUUCAUGGACACCCCGCAGCGGCUGCACGAGUACAUUGAACCCGACCAGCAGCGCCUGCCAGGUGCCACCCUCGCCUUGGACGAGGACCUCAAGGUGUUCAACAACGCCCUCAAGCUCUCCCACAAGGACACGAAGGUUGCCAUUAAGGUAGGUCCAACAGCCAUCCAGGUGACCUCUGCUGAGAAGACGAAAGUGCUCAGCCACUCGGUCCUCCUGAACGACGUCUACUAUGCUUCCGAGAUUGAGGAGGUGUGCCUGGUGGACGACAACCAGUUCACGCUGACCAUCGCCAACGAGAGUGGCCCGCUGUCCUUCAUCCACAACGACUGUGACAGCAUCGUCCAAGCCAUCAUCCACAUACGUACGCGCUGGGAGCUCUCGCAGCCUGAUUCAGUGACGGUGCACACCAAGAUCCGACCCAAGGACGUUCCAGGCACACUGCUCAACAUGGCCCUGCUCAACCUGGGCAGUUCAGACCCCAACCUGCGGACUGCUGCAUACAACCUCCUGUGUGCGCUUACGGCCACAUUUGAUCUCAAGAUCGAAGGGCAGCUGCUGGAGACUGCUGGUCUGUGCAUCCCGUCUAACAACACCAUCUUCAUCAAGCAGAUCAGCGAGAAACUGGCGACCAAUGCAUCACACCUUACGCUGGAGUUUCUGGAAGAGUGCAUCCAGGGCUUCCGGGCGUCAUCCAUUGAGCUAAAGCACUUGUGCCUGGAGUACAUGACCCCGUGGCUGCCCAACCUGACACGCUUCUGCAAGCACUCUGAUGACAGCAAGCGCCAGCGGGUGGCCACUAUCUUGGACAAGCUCAUCACCCUGACCAUCGAGGAGGUGGAGAUGUACCCUUCCAUCCAGGCCAAGAUCUGGGGAAAGAUUGGACAGGUGUCCGACCUGCUAGACAUGGUCCUCGACAGCUUCAUCAAGAGAAGCGUCACUGGUGGCCUAGGCUCUGCUCAAGCCGAGAUCAUGGCUGACACGGCUGUGGCUCUGGCUUCCUCCAAUGUCCAGCUGGUAGCCAUGAAAGUCAUCAGCCGGCUAUGCAGGGUAAUAGAGAAGACGUGCACGUCACCCACGCCCACUCUGGAGCAGCACCUCAUGUGGGACGACAUUGCCAUCCUGGCACGCUACCUGCUCAUGCUGUCCUUCAACAACUCACUGGACGUGGCCAGCCACCUGCCGUACCUGUUCCACAUUGUGACGCUCCUGGUGCACACCGGGCCGGUCUCCCUGCGUGCCUCCCUCCACGGCCUGGUCAUCAACAUCAUACACUCCCUGUGCACCUGCACCAAGCCCUCGUUCAACGACACGCAGCGCGUUCUCAGGCUAAGCUUGGACGAGUUCUCGCUGCCCAAGUUCUACCACCUGUUUGGCAUUGGCAAGGUGAAGUCGACGGCAGUGACGGCCUUUCGGUCCAACUGCCGGCACGGCCUGCUAGACCGGUCCUUCGCCUGUGCCACAGCCGACCAAGAGCGCAUGCCGCUCGCUUACCUCGAGAUCAUCACUGACGCCCUCCUCGAGAUCAUGGAGGCGUGCAUGAAGAACCUUCCCAGCUGCGACUGGCUCACCCAGUGGACGGCCCUGGCGAAGAGCUUUGCCUUCCGCUACAACCCAGCCCUGCAGCCACGGGCGCUCAUUGUGUUUGGCUGCAUCAGCAAAGGGGUGACGGACCAGGAGGCCAAGCAGCUGCUGCGUGUCCUCGUCAAGGCACUCGAGGCUUUCCAGGACCUGCAGCUUAUCGAUGCCAUCAUCAUGGGCCUGACGCGGCUGCAGCCCCUGCUGCGGCCGGAGUCCCCCAUCCACCGGGCCCUCUUCUGGGUGGCCAUCUCAGUGCUGCAGCUGGACGAGAUGGCCCUGUACGCCUCCGGGCUGGCCCUGCUCGAGCAGAACCUACACACGCUCGACUCGCAGGGCAUGUUCGACACCCCGCCCAACACCCUACGGAACAUCAUGAUGAGCACCCGGGAGCCCCUGGAGUGGCACUUCAAGCAGCUCGACCACUCCGUUGGGCUCAGCUUCAACUCCAACUUCCACUUUGCGCUUGUUGGACACUUGCUCAAGGGUUUCAGGCACCCAACAGCCACGACAGUCUCUCGGACAGCACGUGUACUCAGCAUGCUGUUGGGCAUUGUGGCCAAGCCGCACAAGAGAGACAAGUUUGAGGUGACACCGGAGAGCGUGGCCUACCUGGCCGCACUGGUGUCGGUGUUGGAGGAGGUGCGCAGCCGUUGUCAUCUGAAGCAUCGGGUGUCGACGCGGGUGGCGUCAGAGGCACUGGCACGCACACCUCCCAGCCCUGUGCCCACCUCCCUGCCGACGCAGUUGGCAUCGUCUUCCUCGUCGGCCAUUGGAGGCGGUUCCUCUCCAUCGGCCACAGGUGCGACAGCAUCCAGUCCACCAACAUUCCUCAUGCCCGCUGGGGGCAGCAGCAGUGCCAACCAGCUGCACCCUCCCCCUCCACUGGGCCAGCAACAGCAGCAGGGCGGCCGGCGCCAGAAGUCCUGGGACCUGCUUGACCAGAACGCCCUGGCACAGGCACGGCUUGCCAAGCAGGGGACCACAACCCCUGCCCAGGGAGGAGGAGGGGGCCAGGCACAGCAGCAGCAGCAGGGUGGUGGGGGCACGCCGCCCGGCCCUCCGUCGUCGACCAAGGACCCCAAGUUCUGGCGCAGCCUGGACACUAGCGAGGGCGGGGGCCGUCCCCUGUUCCGCACCCAGCGCAGCAGCUCUAUGCCGACACCUCGGUCACAAAAGGGGCCGCCCGGCACGGCCGAAGGGGAUGCUGCCUUGGCACCCCCGCGUUCGUCCCGUGUGUCUGUCUCGAAUGAGGACAACGUCCUGCUUGACCCCGAGGUGCUCACAGACUUCCCCACUCAGGCCCUGGUGCUCACUGUCCUCGCGACCCUUGUGCGUUUUGCGACGGAUGAAAACGAGACGCGCAUCCUGUACGAGUACUUGGCCGAGGCCUCUGUGGUCUUCCCCAAAGUGUUCCCCGUCAUUCACAGCCUGUUGGACGCCAAGAUCACGACGGUGCUGUCGCAGAACCAUGACCACAUCAUCCUCAGUGCUGUGCAGUGCAUCAUCCAGAACAUGAUUGCCUGCGAGGACAGUAGCCAGCAGCAGCUGCACUACCUACAGACCUGCGGCUUUGGAGGACUGUGGAGGUUUGCUGGUCCCUUCUCCACGAGCCAGACUAACUUGGACAACGCUGAGUUGUUUGUCAACUGCCUGGAAGCCAUGGUCGAGACGAGCCUGCCGGCCGACGAGGGUGAGCUCAGCCAGUACCCCAGCUCCCUGUCGGUGGCUUCGGCCAUCAACCUCUCUUCUUCCAUGAGCAGCCUGACACUGGCCUCUCCCACCGACAAGGACGGCGGGGCCUGCUCGGACGGGGGUGGAAGUGCACCCACACCCGGAUCGGGCGCCCCGCCCGACCGCGCCCGCUCAGCCUCCCAGUUGUCCAAGCAGCGCAGCUUCAAGUGCAAAAACCCCAGUGGGUCGGGGGCACCCAAGAGUGGACGUACCUCGCACUGAACAGCUGUCAGCUGUGGGACCCUGCGACAACGGUGCAGGCUGUGAUGUGAUUACCUAUCGUUGGACACCCUUACUCUGCAAUGCCAGGCAGGGUAGCCUGCCCUGUGAAACGUAGCCUACGCUCCUGGGAUGGGACCAAGGUGUCUGUUUCUGGCAACAUCCCACCGCACACCACUAGCCAGUUCACCUCGUGUCGUGUCGAGGCAGCUGCAGUCUCGGUGGUGGUACCAUAUCCAGGUCACCAGAUCUCUCGGGAACUAGGGUGAGACGUGUCUCAGCCUCUGGUUCAAUGCUCACUUUAAUGUGUGAGGCAACCCUCGGCUCGUGACUCAGCACUGAUGUCAUCGGCCUCAUCGACAGAGGUCUAGGUGACAGCGAAGUUUUGGCGUGGAUGUUGUCUUUGUCCUUGUUGUACUGAUCGCUACAAUCGUCUUGCCAAGGCCAUCCAAUUGCAAGCUACCUUGCAACUGUUUUAUCAGUGGCAGAGUUUCAGGUAACAGGUUUGCCAUCCCUGGAACGUAAAUCCUGGCAGCUGCAUCUCGUGCUGCAGCAGUGGUGCCGCAGUCUGCUUCAGAUGCCAUCGUACCGUGUGUGAGAGCUCGAUGCUCUCGUUCGUUACGGGCUGCUAUUCCAAAUUGCCGCAGUCAUCUCUUUCUAGCUCACUACUAGCUAGCCCAGUCAUCACGGUACUUUGUCAUCUGCUGAUGAACCCUUGACAUGACAUCAUGGCAAGCAUUCUCGCAUUCCAUACUGGAGUCAUAGCUCCGCAUGACAGUCUCAUUUAAUUCAUGCCACAAUGCAUUGUAUGACCCCAUUUUUCGUGUCGUGGGGAAGCACAGCUUCAAGCCCUAAACAGCUGCCCAAUUAGGGAGCAGCUCGUUGGUUCUCUUGCAGGAAUACAGCGUACACGCUACUUACUAUUGAAACAUGCACGAGAAACAGAAAAGUGUCCCGGCUUCCAUUCGGAGAGUGUACUACUAUCCAUGUCUGGUGUGCUCGGAAUGUCUUUAUGAGGGCCAUAAAUUUACCACUCUGAAGAAGACAGGAUCCUGACCAGUCACAAUGAUCGCCGUCUGCAGACCUCGCUUUCCAAGCAGACCUAGCCAAAAAUUUUCUGCAUUUAGCAAUUGGUGGCAUAGUGCCCUUACGCAGACUUCUGCAUUUAUCCCUGGCUGAAAGGUCGAAAAUGUUGCUCCUUUGAAGCAGUUCUUCAGUGGACCGUGACCAUCACUAGAAAGCUCUGGUAUCCCAAAUGUCAGCUAGUCUGGGGAGCCCACUGGCGAGGUUCUACUGACACAAGUUUAUUCUGGUAUUGUUUGAAAGAAGCUCAGGCUCAUUUCUUAUGCCUAAAACCAAAUUAACAAAGGCACGUUAUCGUGACGUUUUGCAUCUUGCACACAGGAUUCUUCUUUCGGACAAUAACCAAGGAUUAUUCUUGCAUGCAUUUUUUUUGUGAUGCGAUUGACAAAGCGGCUCGGAGCUUGGCUUCUUUCAGGUUGGCUGGUAACAGCUAUGAAAAGGUCAUUGAUGACGACAUGACCAAUGGCCGAGGCAGAAUGUGCUGCAACUCUUGUCAGAUGUGCCCUUGUGGUGGUGUUGUGCAAACAGCACUUGUCCCAGCCCUGUGUCAUUCCGAGACGACGGCCAUGUUGUCACCUCUCGGCUUCCAUGGGGAAGGUGUUGAAUUGGGAGUGUACAAGGGUUUGAAUGUUCAGAUCCCUCUCCAAGAAAGCUGCCAACGCUCUGCGUUGGUUGCGGCUCCAGACUUAUACCACAGACGAGGAGGAUGAACCUAUACUCCGUAUUGUACACAGCAGACAAUGCUACAAAGGCUAGAGAGAUUUGUGCCACUGCUCUAAAUCAUGACCAAAAAGUAGUGCGUCACAAAUGAGAGAAAGACAUAUGGAGGAGAAAAAUAAGGGAGGAAAGGCAGGGAGGUCGGCCACACACAUUGCAUGUGUCAUACUCUCUCUCAAAAUAACAUUUUUAUGUCACGAUAGACAAGGCAGUGGACUUCCAUUAAUUCAACUCCGGUUAAUUCAAUUUUUCGGUUAAUUCGAUCCUGACCGAAGGUCCUCCUGGCUGGUGCUAAAGGUCCAAAUAUUCAUGAUUUUGAUCCUAAAAUUGGCAUUCACCCAAUAAGUUGAACUUAGCCAGUUCACAUGCAUGCUGACGCCAAUAACAACUCCUUUAGUAGCAGCGUUUGUCUUGGUGGAGCUUAGGAGACAGUGAAUGCGUUUAACGCACGUCAUCUCACGUUGAAAAUACGUAUUAUCUGCCUGCCCUAGGAAAAUUUUCAAGCAAUAAUGGUAGCUCAAAAUGUCUGAUUACGGUAUUUACCCGAUUCUAACAGGCGCCUUUUUGUUUUCCAAGAAAAUUAAGGCGUAAAUUGUUUACGCGGUGCAGUCAAAUACACAACCUAAACCACCUUCACGGCAUUUGUACACUUUAACGUGACUGUAUUGCAGAGAAGCUUUAAAAUUGUGCAGUGAAGCCAACUUUAGGAUAUUGGGCACCAUUCUAAAGAAAAUUGGAUGGGCAUUAGAUUAGAAGCUUUAAGUAAUUUCUACAUUAGUUUUCUGCUACGUACACACAGAAAGGGGGUGCGCAUUUGGUUCGAAGAUGUGUGAAACUCGAGCAAAUACUGCCAAAUGCAAUGUGUUUUGCAUUUUUUUUUUUCUGCAUCUUGUUCAGUUCAACCCGCCAUGUAAAAUUCAAUAAUUUUUGUCGGUCCCAUAAGGGUCACAUUAAUGGAAGUCAACUGUAUAGUUAUUACACGGAAGGCGUUGCAGUCCUAAACUUCUUUACUACUAAGCAAACGAAGCGACGCAUCUCUCCAACUAGCAGCCACAGUGGACUGCUUUUGCUCACGACCAAAACACAGUACAUUUCAUACUGGAAGAACAAAGGUGCGCAGACAAUACGGGAUUUGACAUAACCUCAUGUCAACAAGUUGUAGUUGUAAUGUAUGAAGUGCGUGUUCCGUAGAAGGUGUUGCAAAUCACAAACAACUGUGCUGCGAAAUGCGGGUAGUGAUACUUCAGUGACUGCACUACUCACUGCAGCAUUGCCUGUUAAGCAUAGAAAUGUAUAUAGUGUUGUUGCGUGGUCACGUUUAAAGGGACACUAAAGUGCAACAGUAAGUUUGUUUGGUCUGACGGUAUAAUCUUAGAAGAUGUGAUUUUCAUUUACCUGCUAGAAAGAAAAGUCAGUCAGCAGAGAAUGGGUGAGAGUUUCCCUCCUUGGAAGUUCUUGCGUUGGCUGCAGUAUGUUAGUGGGACAUUGCAGGUUUCACAUUUUUGGGGCCAUCUUUAUUUUGGAAAAAUGAGUAUGUCAAGCCUUUUGUUGCUGUAGAAAGCAGUGUAAUGAUGUUAUAUUGAUUAGCUCUUAGCUGGUGCUGAGCAGGUGCUUUAAAAAGUUCAUGAUGCGGGAAGUUCAAGAUAGCAUUUGUUGUUCUUGCAUAUAUUCGGGCUUACCAAGACUUUGCUCGCAGUUAGACCAACCUUUAUGGUAUUCCACUUCAAAUUAUAAUAAUUACAUAAGUGUUAUAAUCAAUUUGGCUUAACCUAACCUAACAGAAUUAAUCUUUAAUGUCUCUUUGAUUGAUAGGAGUGCUACUGCCUAUGCAUGAGGGCAUUGUGAUAAGCUUUGCUGCUGGGUUCCUGCUUUCUGCAAGGGCAGUGGCCUUCGCUACUUUUAUUAACGGGUCCCUGUUUUUGUGCAAGUGACAAAAGUUGCUUUUUCAGUGGUUUCCAAUACCGCCGCACAGUUCUAAGCCAUGGCUCCCACUAGGCCCAAACUCUAUCUCGUUAUGCGUCUCGUAAUGAUCAAGCGGAGCGCACUCGCAGACCUGGUUUCUCGCAUGAAUUACUCCUGGCCUGGUGUGUCUAUAGCUUCCAGGAUUUCUAUUCCCCAAUGGCCUGGUCUGGUUGGGCAGACUUAAGAAACUCCUUUUUCCUGCUUGAUCUGCACAAGCAAACCUCCAGAGAUAGGAGGCACGGCCAGGGCAGGACCACCUCCAUGGUUGUGAGAUGUGUUUUAUCGCUACGCCCAGCUUUUCAUAUUGAGAGCACCUAAGAGGAUUGGCAAUGGGCCUGCGAUUGAAGGGACACAAGGUUGGGGUAUACUAGUUGAGUUUAAACAAAAUGCACAUUGAAAGGAAGUUGCAUAGAUGACUAAAUUGGGUAGAAGUGCUACUCGACGCUUCUAGAUUACUGUCAGCGACCCCUUUUGAUUGCGUGCUGCAUCCAUUUGGCUAAACAUGUAGCCAUCACAAGACAGAUCAUGGAGACACGUUAUGUGCAACAUGCCCACUGGGAUUGGGUGUGUUCUGCCAAGGCACACAUGGACAAAUAUUCAGAGGCUACCCUUUGUGCUGGGUGGAGACAGCUGUCACCCUGCCACGUGACAAACGAAAAUUUCCUAUGUGACCUAAUAUUUUUUCAUGUCCUGGCAUAUCUACUGCCACCUAUUCAGAUCUAUUUGAUUCACACUGAACACAGCUGUGGCACCACCUAAUCGGCAGAAACUCAAAGGGAUUGCUUGAGUGUUGGUUGCUAACCUUGGAGGCCAUCAAGUUCCAGACUGUCCGUGUCAGCUGCAUGGUGGUACGAGCAAUGGAUCUUGCCUGUCAUCUGCAGCAGACAUCAGAAAUGGGUCAGGUCUCUGUGGAGCACCAAGAGGCAAAUAUCAAGCUGGUAAUAAUCUAGAGAUGUUGGUAGCACUAAUGUCAUGUUAUAGAAUUUUCUUUAUUUGACUCACACUCAACAGCCCUUCAUUUAGGCCUCAGUGGUGUCGAUCUCACCAGGAGGCAAGUCUAAGCACUCUCAAAAUAUGGCUCUAUUCCAUUGAUGGCAUUGCAGUGCCUGUUGUGAGCCAUAUGUUGUGCCAAUGGUAGCUGUACCAUGGAAAUCCAAAGGAAACAUCUUUGCUUGACCAGCUCGAAACUAUAUGUAUGCUUUGGCAUAAAUGCAGUCGUUAUGAUAUCCUCUUCGUUUGCGUCAUUGGAUCACGCAUUUCAAGAUGUACCAUCUUUACUGAUCCCCCAUCCUUGUGCGCUUUUUAUUUUAUUUGUGUCCUGCAUAUGCUGAAGAGGUGUUUGUGUCCACACAGUGUGUCUGGGUCAUUGACAGUUGGCGUGAGGAUGACAUUGAAAAGGCUGCCAUUGGUCCAGCACAUUUUUGAAAGUGUGGACCCAAGGGGGUCACAGGUGCUGUACCCUGUCAGUUGGCAUUGAGACAUCACUUUCCACAGCGUUGGUGCAAACACGUUUUCCAGAGAGUCAUGAGCUUUGGAGACCAUGCUGUCUCUGUCGUCUGGUGCUUUGGUACAGAUCAACCUAGGCAUGAAAUUCAAGGAGUUGAGCUGCAGGUUAUGUGGUGCAUUCUUAUCAAGGAGCCAGUUUCUGUUUUCCUAUCAACUCUGGUGGUGUUGUUUUCUACACAGUACAGGAACAUGGCUUAUGCUCCUUUGCAAGCAACGCAUCUUCACGACCUACAGGCGAGCAAAGUGUGCUGUCGAGUUGCUUUCAUUGUGGCUCGGACCAUUUUCCUGCCACCCGAAGUGGUCUCCAGAGUCAACAGUGACAUAUACAAACACAAAAUGAAGAGUACAAAUAGCAGGGAGUUUUCAUGAAACGAGGCUGUGAUGUUUCAUAAGUGGCAUUCUGUCUGUUGUUUUAAUUUUUUUUUUUUCACAUAGACUCUGGCAGCCAAUGUUGUUGCUGUCCUAGGGGUGCAGUCAAUGUGUGAUGAUUGUAUAGCCCUGUGGUUGCGCUUUGCACCAUCUGAGACAGAUGUGAGAAUUUUAUUUCCCCACCGCCGCACAAUUAACAGAGCCCCGCAUUCCUCAAGCCUCACGCUCGAUGCUGUUAAGUGUUGAAAGAGAUGGUGCAUCCGUGUGCACACCAAAGGACACAGCUGGAGGACAACUUUGGUGAAUGGUGCGCAGUCUGGCACAAAGCGGCAGUCUUUUGUCUGCUUGAGCCGUGCUGCGGCUCUCGCCCUAGAAAGUGCGACGGUCCUUGGUCGACUUGUGAUGUGAUAAGUUGACACCCUCUGCCAAAGGAGCCGUGCACGAAAGACACUCUGAAGGACAAUUUUUGGAAUGUGCUUUCGACACAGUGCGUGGUGUUCCCCCGGCUGCAGCGUUGACUCUCGAGCAUUCAUUGGAGGACGAGUGCGCAUUGUACCACGUGCUUCUCACACUCUGUGUUCAUUCCCCCCAUUUCUUUUCGCUGUUGUUGUUGCUGUUGUUGCUGCCUUCAUUGUCAUCAAUGUUGAUGAUGUGACAUCAUGACUCGGCGUUGUUUUGCACGCUGUGUCUUCAUUUGGGUUUGCCAGUUUGUGCGCGAGAGAGACGUUGAUUGCCUCUUCCACUUGCUGUGGAGAGAGAGAGAAUGUGUUCUAAUUUAUUGCGUGGUUCUAGUUUUUACAUCUUUCUACGAAAAAAGGAGACCUGCUCCUGUAGAUGUGCGUGAGUGGUGGGUAUGUGUGUGUGCGUGUGUGUGUCUAGGACAUUCGUGUUGGGUGUGCCCGUGUCCCUCGGCAUGUGCUUUGCCCUGGUCUCUGCGUGUGUUGCCAAGUCCCCGCAGAAUGUGCUUCACCUCUUGGCACUGAGUAUGCACAUGCUCAGCAUGUGUGUCAUCGACACCGCACACAUUGCUGCAGAGAAAGAGAUGGAUAUCAUUGACUGUUUGCUUCAAACAAUGUUCUUUUGAGAAAACCGACCCCCCCCCCCCUCCCCUCCUUUUCUUUUUUUUUUUUUUGUCUUCAUCUUGUGUUGCGUACAUUUGUGCCGAACUUCUUUUUUGUGUGCCGUUCCGUGUCCUGACCACUCAGUUCUGUGGAGGACAGUGUGCCGUAAAUUGAGGGCUGCCCUUUCUCAACUUAUUCACCCGUCUUCGCUGGAGAAUCACAAGAUGGCAUGUUCUGCGAGUUUUUCUGCAUGUUCAUACAAAAUUCUCUUCAUAAGGUGUGGUGGAUGGGAUGUUAGAGAGAGAAAAAGAAAGUGGUUAACAUGCUCGUUUCAGACGUGCACUCUGCAGUGCUGUGAAAAAGAAAAAUGCUGUGAUGGUGAGGGACGUUUCACUUUCUGAGAAAGCAUUUGUAGGCAGUAAGGACGUGCUGACAUUGUGCCAUCCUAAGCUUAGAGCUGGAGCACUGUCUAGCACGUUCUUUCACUCUUCCGAGAUGCAUGAGGCUUAAAACGUGUGACUGUGCCAAAACUGCCAAGCAAGAUGGCAUAAAAUGUCCACACUGACUUUUGCACUUACCACUUUUGGGCUUACCACUGCUUUGUUUUGUGCUCAAAUUUUGCAUCACGAUCACAUUUCUUAGUUGGUUUGCGUUGUCCAACGAAAAACUUCGUUUUGUUGCUUACCUCGCUUUCUUGGAAACAGGGAAAAACCCACAAGUGACCCGCUACAUAGACUUGAACUGGUUUUGCCACCUCUUGGCAACAAAAGGAAACAGCUUAGGUAAUGGCUCUGGCAGAAUGCAUUGCCCGUUGAGCUGCUUCAGUUCUGUCUUAUGAAAAUAUUUUGUGAUCUCAUUCAAAACAACAAUACAAAGGAGAAAUUUCACUGCGAGCCUGCAAAAUUGACUUGCUGCACCUGCUAUCCACACUGCUUUCUUUAGUUGCCGAGAUAUGGCCAAACCAGUUCGAGUUCAUGCAGCAGCUGUCUCACGUGCGUAGGGAAGUGGCUUUUUUCACUUCUUUUCAGAUGACACGGCCAACCAACGAUGUCAUGUGGCUUGUGAAAUUUUACUGCAAACAAAGCAGCAGCAAGUGCAAAAUAUUUUGUUGACGUUUGCAUAACAAUGCAGAUCGCUGUAAUUUGAGAAAUGUUGCAAGCGCCUCACUGUUCCCUUUCUAUGAGCGAUGAUCCUGCAGAAUGCCUCUCGUCUGCAAAAGAAUGCACUAGGACAGGACACGUGGUUAUAGUUGUUGGGCGUUUCAAGGCUCUUCAUUUGACAAGGGUUGGUACGUGCGCUGCUCACUGUGCUGGCAAAAGAGCAUUCGUGCUCUUUUAAUCUGUACCACCUUCUGGGCGUGCUUGGACAAGAGAGAACUUCGGCACAAAUUUGUUGUGACGGCUGCGCCCCUUUUAUCACGCGUAAUGCGUGCCGUCAUGAGCUUCUGUAGUGUGUGAUCUUGUGCUGCCCACGGAAAUUCCACAGUGAUGGAAGUGUCUAUUUUUUGUAACCGUUCCGACUGGAACAGCCGCGUUGGUUGCUGUUAAGUCCCCUUUCCCGUUUUCCAAGUUGGCCAGUUGCGUAUACCAAAGCACCACCUCUCGUGUUGUCCUGCUGUUCCGCCCUUCUGUCGGGAACUGUGAUGGGGAGUCGGCGCACUGCCAGGCCUUGUGCCAGCAUAGUGCGCCAUCUCAGCAGCUCGUGUAUUGUUAAAUGUAUAUCAGAAUUAAAGUCAUAUCUUUUAUCCAGGGCUGCA